UUUCUUCUCAUUAACAUGUGUUCCUUUUGUUAUUAAUUCCUGGGUUUUAUAAGCUUGGGUUCAAUUGUAUUGUUUAGUCGAUAUUUUGGAGAAUUUUUGGAAGAUUUUCUGAGAUUUAAUACUCUAAAAAAGGAUCUGUUUUUAUUAAUUGGGUUUUGGAUUUUGAAUUUGAACCUUUUUUCUGAAAUCCAUAUUUUUAACGCUGGGGAGGUGCAUAUGUUCUUUGAAAUUUGGGAAUUGAUGAUUUGACACCGUUUCUGAUCAAACAAAAUACUGGAUGCUGCUUAUCUAUGCAGAUUUUAUAUAUAGCCUAAUGGAAUUAGUAUUUGUGAAUUUUGUUCCCAUGCUUUUAUUUAAACUGAAGAGAUAUAAACACCUUUUAGCUUGUUAAAACUUUAAUUUCAGUUACAUGAUAUGUUCAAUAGUUGUGACUUCAGUUUGAUGGAUUCGUUUUGAUGUAACCAAUCGAGAGCAUGCCAAAGAAUUCGACAUAAAUCUCUGCCUUGUCAUCUAUUGAUGCUGAGAAAAUCUCUCGUGGAAAAAAAGAGAUAAUGUUCUGAAGUUUGAAUUAAUGGAAAUGUGUCUGUUGAUUGACGCAUUCGAGUAUGUAGCUGUGUUUAAGGUUUGAAAGACUGCACAAGACAAGAAGCUUAAAUUUAGGUAGCGAAUAAGCAGGGAAGUUGAAGGUUUUCUAUCGAUCUCUUAUCACAUGCUUUCUAUGUGUAGUUUUUGGUUGUUGGUGAACUUAGAAGGUUUUUCUUAUACUGGGACUUCAUCGUAAAAGCUAAAUGAACAAAAUGCCUUUGUUAAUGGAGCAAGCAAAUAACUGUAAUGGUAAUGAGCAUGUUAUUGACAUAACUAAUUGCAGUGAUGCGUCCUCAUCUAUCACUUCUGAUGAGCUGCAGUCCAAUGGCUUAGAGGAGCAACAGAGUGAAGAUCAGGGUUCUACUAGUGUGAGGGUUCCAGAUUAUCAACCUCCACUUUUUUCUGCUGAUGGAUCAAACUCAAGGAACUCACCACUUCUUCGGAGAGGAACUAGCCUCCGCCGCCGAAGGAGUGUCUUAAAUUCCGGUUUAUGGAUAUCCUUUUUGCUAGUAUUUACAGUGAGCCAAAUUAUUGCUGCCAUCGCUGUCUUAUCUUUGUCAAAGCAUGAGCAUCCACAUGCUCCUUUGAAGGCGUGGAUUGUGGGUUAUGCAUUGGGAUGUCUAGGGUUGCUUCCUCUUUUAUAUUGGCGUUUCCAACAUCGUAAUCAAGAUUCUGAACAGGACGAAUCUCAUCAUCAUCAAGAUUCUUCUCAGAAUGGUUAUUCUGCAGUUUCUUCAACUAGAAUGGUUUUGGGGCGGGAAGAUCGUUGGGCUACUGGUACUGCAUCUAGAGGUGGUCAGAAUGUAGGACUACCAAGUUCAGGAAUCAAAGCAAUUAUGGAAUACUUCAAGAUGGCUUUGGAUUGCUUCUUUGCUGUUUGGUUUGUAGUUGGUAAUGUGUGGGUUUUUGGAGGUCACGCAUCAUCUGCCGAGGCUCCCAACUUGUACAGGUUAUGUAUAGUAUUUCUUACCUUGAGUUGUAUUGGAUAUGCUAUGCCCUUUAUUGUGUGCGUGGCAAUCUGCUGCUGCCUGCCUUGUCUAAUUUCUGUCGUCGGCAUCAGAGAUGAUUUGAUUCAUUAUCGAGGAGCCACUCAAGAAUUAAUUAAUUCUCUGCCAACUUAUAAAUUUAAGGCGAAGAACAAGAAUAGCAGUGACAAGGAGUGUAUCCCAGAUGCAGAUGAAGGUGGGAUAGUGGCUGUCGGAACCGAAAAAGAGCGUUUGAUAUCAGGAGAGGACUCGAUUUGCUGCAUUUGCUUGGCGAAAUAUUUGAACAAUGACGACCUGAUGGAGUUACCUUGCUCUCAUUUCUUUCACAAAGAGUGUGUAGACAAGUGGUUGAAAAUCAAUGCCUCUUGUCCACUUUGCAAAGCUGAGGUCGACGAAGAUCAUGCUGAGUCCAUCGACUGAAGCGACUGCUUGCAGCAAAGACAGCUUACCAUAUGGACAGUCAAGUUUGUUGCCUGGUUUUUUGGGAAAAAAAUAUGCGAACGAAUAACACAAUCAUAUAGUAUAAAUACAAACAUCUUGUGGAAUUGCUUGUGUAAUGUUUUGACUAAUAAAUAAUUUCACUAUUGCAAAGGAUA